AUGUCGUCAGUUUCUGCUCAAGGCGUGGUGGAGCGCGCUUCUGCUGAACUCUCGCGUCGAAUCACGGGUCUCGGCCUCCGUGGCAGAAAGCGUUCUCCUGGUGUAGUGGAACGGGUUGCUAAUGCACUCUGUGGUCCUGCCUCAUCUGCUCCGAGAAUACCCCGUCGGAGAAGACCCUCACCGAGACCCCUAGUCUGGAGUCAGUUUAUAUUAGAUGAAAGAUUUCUUGAAAAGUUUUUUCUUUAUUUCAAUUCUAAUGAUAGAAGAACCCUUGGUCAAGUAUGCACGAAGUGGAGGGAUAUUCUGUACUCGUCUACCCGCUGGUGGAUGGGUCUUGUUGCCAUAGUGGAUUUCCGUGAGAGUAGAUCUGAGUCUGAAUGUUGCAUGCAAAGAUUUUAUAACUCUGUGGUGAGGAGGGGUGUUCGUGGAAUGGCUUUGGUGGCGGCAUCAGAUGAGGACAUUAAUGAGUUUAUUCGAGUAUUUCCAUUGUCAGCUAACCAUGUUAAUGCUUUAAGUUUGAAGGGUUGUACAGUAACAGACAGAGGUUUAGAGUCUAUUCUGGAUCAUUUAGAGGUUCUAUUUGAGCUUGAGUUGACAGGCUGUAAUGAAAUAACAGAGGCUGGUAUAUGGGCAUGUUUAACCCCAAGAAUUGUCUCACUCACACUUACUGACUGUAUUAACAUUGCAGAUGAAGCUGUUGGUGCUGUGGCUCAGCUCUUACCAUCAUUGUAUGAGUUCUCACUUCAAGCCUACCAUGUGACAGAUGCAGCUUUGGGUUAUUUCUCUCAAAAGCAGAGUGCUUCACUCAGUAUAUUAAGGCUUCACAGUUGUUGGGAGCUUACUAAUCAUGGGGUUGUCAACAUAGUUCACUCAUUACCGAACCUUACGGUGCUGUCAUUAAGUGGGUGCAGUAAAGUAACAGACGAAGGUGUGGAGUUGGUAGCAGAGAAUCUUCCACGUCUAAGAAGCCUCGACCUUAGCUGGUGUCCGCGAGUAACUGAUAGCGCGCUGGAGUACAUCGCGUGUGAUCUCAACCAACUGGAGGAAUUGACACUUGACAGAUGCGUGCACAUAACGGACAUAGGCGUGGGUUACAUCAGCACGAUGCAAUCUCUGGUAGCAUUGUAUCUCCGUUGGUGCUCACAACUCCGAGAUUUUGGCGUACAACAUCUAUGUGCUAUGCGCGCUUUGCAACUGCUCUCGCUGGCCGGGUGCCCAUUGCUAACGUCAGGCGGUUUGUCCAGUUUGAUUCAGCUCCGUCAAUUACGAGAGCUUGAAUUGACGAAUUGUCCAGGGGCUUCGCCAGAACUAUUCGAUUACCUGCGGGAACACUUGCCCAGAUGUGUCAUCAUAGAAUAA